GGUAAGAUAAAACUAUUGGAGAUUCGAGAGGGGGGCUGUUACUAACUGUGAGCUUCAAUAAGCCUAUUUUCUCUCUCUCUCUCUCUCUCUCUCACUCUUUCUCUCUACAAUUCCUUAAAUAAGCUUGUUGAUUUCUUCACUGUGCGUGUGUGUGUUUUAUUUUUAUUUUUACAAUUUAAAUACAUGAAAGAAACGAAGAAGAGAUGUCUAUUCAGUUGAAAGAGUCUUUGCAAUCGUUACGACGAAUAGGCGUAAUCAAACCCUUACGAAUUCGUCAACUUGAGAGAAGCAGCUCAUAUCCAAUUCAUUCAUUUAUUCGAGGAAAACCACACUACUUUCCGUUUUGUACACCAUCAUUUCAUGAAAUGUCUUUUAUUUUACCAUCAACUUUUCUUCGUGUAUAUACAACUUCUACCGCAUUACCAUCUUCACCUUCUAUAGACGAUCAUUCUAUUUUGACAGAUCAAACUACAAAAGUAAACAAAGAUAAACAGGAUACAUCAAAGUCACAGGACGAUCCACAACAACAACAACAAGUAGAUCCAGAACCGAAAGAAAUGUCAACUAUUAAGCAUUUUGAACAAUUGAUAACAACGAUUAUCAAACAAACCCAUGACACACCGGAUGCUUCUAUUCAUUGGAACGAAAUUGUUCACACAUUUGAAAAAUCAAAAACAAUGAAUCUACAACCUUCGCCUACAAUGUACUUAUCCACCAUGACAGCAUAUAGUCAUUUAGAUAAUUUGGAGAAGGUAAUCCUAACAUUCAAGGAAUACAAGCAACAUUACCGGUUAAAGUCAAAUGCUUAUACACUUUAUAUGUCAGCGGUAUUGAAUUGCAGCAUAUCAGCAACCGCAUUUCGAAUACUCCGAGAUAUUAAAAGUAAUCCGACCAUCAAUUCAAAAGAGAAAUCACAAUGUCUUGCUCAGUUUGUUCCUGUUUAUUGUUCAUCGAAUAAGAAAAGUCAUUUACAAAUGGCCAUCAGGGCCGCAGAAGAAUUAACCCGAAUCGUGCCAUCUUUAGAUGAUUGGGAUAGUGAAGCUAUUCCGCUAAUCACACAGUCACUAUGGGAUAGUUAUUCUAAACUGUUAAAGUUGCCGCAUGCACCAAUUACUCCUAUAACAGCUGAGACAUUUAUAUCGACGUAUAUUGAAAAGUCAUCCUUUAUCAUUGCCAAGACAAAGUACCAAAGCAGCAAAGAUGUCCUCUCAUCUCAGCUAUUUACUUUAUUUAACUUAUUAUGCAAUCAGCCUCAUUUCGUGCCUACUACAAGGACAUGUAAUCUUAUCUUGACACUGAUUGAUUCCAAUUAUGGUGAAGUAAAAUCAAUAUUGGCAAGUAUGCAAAGGUUAAAUGUGAAACCUGAUUCAGAGACCAUUUCAAUCCUUUUACGUUUAUUUGGAUCCAAUUUGUCUACUCAUCAAAUAAAGAAACUCUAUCAAACGUUAAGGCAACAAGAUUCAGUUGACAAUAAAGUCAAUCCAAGUGUAUAUAAAACAUUUAUUCAGGUAUUUACUCAAGAUUCGGCCAAUUUGACUCAAGCGCAGAGGGUAGUUUCGGAUAUGAAAGAAAGUGGCGUUGAGUUAGAUGAAGGGUCCUUUGUAUCUAUGGCUCAUGGGUUUGUUAAAGAGGAUGAUAUUGCAAAAGGCUGGAACUGGUUACGGAAAUCAAAUUGCGACGUUUUAGAUGCUUAUGCGAUCCUAAUGGAGGGAUGGUUAGAAGGAGGGCAAUGGAAUGAAUGUAUCAUUCAUUAUAAAAUGUUACAGAAUCAAUUUGGAUCAGAUAGAGUUGAAAGGAAUCGUCGUUUAGUCAAGUCAUUAUUAAUGGCCUAUUUCUCUGAUAAUAAUUUCAUAGCAUCUGAUGCAUUGCUUACGUCAGGACUAAAGAUCAAGUUCACCCCUAACACCAUCAUACGAAUCGUAAACAACUUGAUAAAUUUCAAAACCAAAAAUGGGCACCCUUUAGUCCCAGGAUCACAAAUAGUGAAAUCGUUAAAGAUGAUGGAAUGCAAUCUUCAUGUCCAUCUAGAUGCGGAGGGCAUCAGUCGUGUAAUUAUUGGAUUAGGGGAUCGAGGUGAUUGUGAAGAUAGCUACAGACUCUAUCGAUGGGUACGAGAGGGAGGACACGAAUCCUGUCGCAAACGGUGUAGCAUGAGUUCUAUUUAUCGAGCCAUGAUACAUAGUGCAACGAAAAACAACGAUAUUCGUAAAUUAGAAAGAGCCUGGGUAGAUAUGCAGUAUCGUAAGCAAUACUUGGGUGCAUGUCAUAAGGGGAAACAACCUCCAACCCUAUCCUCUUACAAUUCACUUUUAAAUGGAUAUGCAUCACGACUUCCAUAUCCUGAUAUAACAAGGAUAAAGAGAGCAUUCCAACGCAUGCUUAAGAUGGAUAUAAGUCCUAAUUUGGUGACCUAUAAUAUUUUGAUAAAGGCAUUUGUAAACAGUAAUAAUAUGGAUGCCGCUGUCCAGAUAUUCAAGGACAUGUCCAAUAAGCCGGGAAUACAACCUGAUAUUUGGACUGUAAAUACGCUCUUGAAAGGCUGGAUCAAUCAAAAAGAUUGGGAACAGGUAGAAAAUUUUGUUAAGGAAUUGAAGAAGAUGGAUAAAAUCAAGUUGGAUAUUGUAUCGUUUAAUUUAUUUGUACAGAGCUUUUUACAACUUGAUUCCUCAUCUAUAUCUUAUGCUCAUUUACUGAAAAAUCAGAAUAAAUGGCCAGAGCUAGAGAGAUUUAAGAGUACCGAGAAUUAUGCGUUGACAAGUGAUAUGAUUUGGGAAAUAUUUGAAAAGGCAACUGGUUAUCCAUGUUCUUUAAUUCAGUCUUCAGCAUACAAGAAGAAGGAACUAUCACUUCACUCAGAAUCAAACUCAUCCCUCUGUUGUCAACUAUUAGAUUUAGUCACUGAGAACAUCAGAUAUUCAGAUGAAAAAUACGCGUUUGUCGAGUUAUUUUCUGAAUCCACUAAAGCAGAUCAAAUCACAUAUAAACUCUUUAUGAAAGCCUUUUUAAAUGCGAAUGAUUAUAAAUCAGCUUCAAAAAUAUAUCAGUGGAUGGAUUUUCGGCAGAUUAUAACGUAAUGUAUAUCUAUUUUUUGUAUACCAAUAGAUACCUCUUUUUUUUUUUUUUU